AUACGAGUUGGGUGCAGUCUAUGCCUGGCUGCUGACCGCACGCCUUUGCCUAAUAAAUACGAAAGGAAUUCAUGAGUGUGUUAAAAAAAGAUAUUUUUUAAAUUCCGAAUAAAAGUCACAAGAGCAAGAUGCUGGUGACGUAUUUAAUCCUUUUGGGUCUGUCUUCGACGCUGGCGCUCGACAAUGGGUUAGCACUCACCCCACCGAUGGGCUGGCUCACCUGGGAGCGGUUCAGAUGUAUCACAGACUGCAAGAAGUAUCCCAAAGAAUGUAUUAGUGAGAACUUGAUCAGAAGGACAGCAGAUCGCAUGGUGAGCGAUGGUUACUUAGAAGCUGGUUAUCAAUACCUUGGCAUCGAUGAUUGCUGGCUGGAGAAAGAGAGGAGUUCGGAAGGCCGCAUGGUGCCCGAUAAGGAACGAUUCCCAAAUGGAAUGAAAGCUGUGGCUGAUUAUAUCCACAGUAAAGGCCUGAAGUUCGGUAUGUAUGAGGACUACGGGAACAAGACCUGCGCCGGCUACCCAGGAGUGUUGAACCAUGAGAAGGUGGAUAUCGACACGUUUGUGGAAUGGGAGAUAGACUACCUUAAACUGGACGGCUGUUACAUAGACCCGGAGAAAAUGGAUGAAGGAUAUCCAUCAUUUGGAAAGAUAUUGAAUAAAACUGGUCGGCCCAUACUCUACUCAUGCAGUUGGCCCGCUUAUCAAGAAGACGCAGCACGGAAGCCAAAUUAUUCAUCGAUAGCUGAGCACUGCAACAUGUGGCGUAACUGGGGCGACAUCGAGGACUCGUGGGCGUCCGUGGUGCACAUCAUGGACUGGUUCGGAGACAACCAGGAGCGGCUCGCGCAGCACGCCGGCCCCGGACACUGGAACGAUCCUGAUAUGCUAUUAAUCGGCAACUUUGGCCUAUCAGUGGACCAAGCUCGGGUCCAGAUGGCGGUGUGGGCCAUCCUGGCGGCCCCGCUCCUCAUGAGCGUGGACCUGGACACCAUCAGGCCCGAGUUCAAGGAGAUUCUGCUGAACAAGGACAUCAUUGCUGUCAAUCAGGAUCCUCUCGGCAAGCAGGGGUCAAGGGUGUGGAAGAAACAGGGACAAGCUUCCAAAAAUCAUCUGGAGAUUUGGAACCGUGAGCUGCACGAUGGUUCGAAUGCAGUUGCGUUCGUCAGCACUCGAGAAGAUGGCAGCCCUUACGCUACUACCUUCGACUUCUACCAAAUGAAACUCAAAGAUGGCGAUUAUGAAGUUCAUGAUCUCUACAAAGAUGAAGAAAUUCGUUAUUUGAAAUCAGGCGAAGAAUUUGAAGUUCGAAUUAAUCCGUCAGGUGUAAAAUUCUAUAAGUUUAUACCAAAGAACUCCAAGGCUGCACUCCAAGACUCCAAGACUGACACCAAUACUGUAUCUGAUCCAGUUGUUAAUGCAGUCCUUUUAAGUUAGUUUACUAGACAGUACACUUAAUAUAAAAUGUAUUAAAGUAUUUAAUUUAAGGAUAAAUAUUUCUAAUAAAUCUACAAAUUUCC